UUUCUGCUCUCUCCACUCUCUGGAUCACCUAUCCGCAGCUACAUUACCAGCAGCUUUCCUCCCUCGUUCACCUUCCGAAUCUCACCAGCCUUUCAUUCCCUCGUGGAACCCGCGUAAUCUCAAGUGAUCAGCGUUCUACUGCUUUUACCAUCGAGCAACUACCGUGCCUAAAGUCGCCGAGUUCUUCAAAGCCUCUCCUCGAUUUGAUCAGAUGUUUCCUUCCCAGUCUGGAGCGUCUGCUUGUCACACAGCUAGACCAAAUAGGAAGCCUUCCAGACGACAUUGGAGAUCUGCUGCUGAAACUUCGCAAGCUGAGCAUUCGCUGGUGCCAAUCUCUCGCCCCGCUUUCUGGAAAUUUCACAUUGCUGAGCAGAUUGGAGAGCCUGACGAUAUCCAAUGGUUUUUUUAGAUCUAGUGGAAUUUUCAGCCUGCCCGGAAACUUUGGACACCUGCCUGCUCUCAAGAGAUUGGUGUUGCACUCAGUAUGUCUCUUCCACCUUCUUGACUCCAUUUGCAUGUUGUCGUCACUAGAAACGCUUAUCCCGACUGAUUGUCAUCGACUCCAGGAGCUUCUUGAAGGUUUCUGUCAUCUGACAACUCUCAAGGCACUGUGCCUUGUGAGUACUCGAUGAGUGGUGCUUCCUGAAAGCAUUGGGUUGCUGACGAAUCUACAAAUGCUGCGUCCGUGCCACAACGACUACGAGCGCCUGCUCCCUUCCUCGUUCACACAAUUGUCCUCCCUCACAAUGCUUGACUUCGAUAAUUGUUUCCUUAGUAAGCUUCCGGAGGAUCUGGGGAAGCUGAGAAGCUUGAAGAUUCUACACAUCCAUGGCAGCUUGUUCAUAAUGAUUCUUGACUCCGUUACCUGCCUGAGAAACCUCGAGAUCCUGAUGAUUGAGAUGUGCAGGUUUCUCUCUUACAUCCCCAGGCAGUUGGAUAGCCUUACAAGGCUCAAACGUCUGCAUACAGUAUAUGUGGAUGCACGGAGCUGGCUCAACCCCUUGAAUCACUGCCGUCUGCUCUUGAGAUUUUGAAAUGGGGGAAUUGCAGCCGGGCUCUUCCUGGUUGGGCGGAUCACCAUUAUGUAGGACGGAGUGAAGAGCACUGAUCCCGCCAUCCCGCUCUCAUCUUGAUCAUGUUCCAGUGCUCUUCCUGGUAGGACGAAUCAAGCCGACAUAUCACUUCGCUAUAACCUGGCUGAUCUAGCGACGGAGCAAUAGCAAGCGAGGGUCUUUUUAGUAGUCCCUCCCGACGCCGAUUCCUAUCGCUAGUCUCGGGAGGUUCUAAGGAGUUCCUGAUUCGGUCAGAUUUUCUGCGAGGUUUCCAGCAGUUUGCGCCGCUAAUGUCAAGCGCUGCAGGAAUGAAGUCUCGCACGCCUAUCCACCAUCUUCCUGACGACAUUCUCAUCAGGAUCCUCUGGCACUUCAACCGACCUGCACCGUGGGAGACCUACACCGUCGAUCAUACGGAUUUCAUUAACUCCUGGAUGAAGGAGUCAUGCGGAAUGUCUGUGAAUCGGGACAUUUAUUGCGACGAAAGCACUCCGAUACCGUCUCCUCCUUCUUCCAUGAACGCCGCCUGGAGCCUCCUGAUAGCGUUCGUCUGCCGCCGCUGGCGCUCCCUCGAUGAGCGCCACGUCACCGCGCUUCUGGUCAGGCCGUUCAGCGUCGUUUCCCGCCAAGAUCUCGCUAGCGCCGUCUCGUGCUUCCCGAAUCUAACGCAUCUUCACCUGUGCGAGGAAAGCGCGGAAACCCUCGACGACGAGUUUCUCGCUCACCUCGCCUCGGCAUGCCCGAAGCAGACGGCUCUGCACGUGGGAGGAAGAAUCACACCGGAAAAAUACGAUGCCAGGAAGCAUCUGCAUCCGGUGACCGAAGCCGGCUUGGAUAAAUUCUUUCUGCAAUGUCCUCGUCUGGAGCAGCUGUCCCUCUUCUGCCUUCACAAGGACGCUAAACUGCCAGCUUCGUUCUUCAAUCUGUCUCGGCUUAAGGCUCUUGCUCUACCGGAUGCUUCAGCGCUCGACGUUCCCGUAUUCGCAAAUUUCUCUGCUCUCAGCACUCUGUGGAUGACCUCUUCCGGGCUGAAACACCAGCAGCUGUCAUCCCUCGUUCAACUCCCAAGCCUCACCAGCCUGAGCCUCUCAGCGCAACUCCCUCUACUGCCAACUGAUCAGCAACCUGCUGCCUUCACCUUCUCGCAGCUGCCUCGCCUGAAGUCGCUGCGAUUCAGCUCUUCUUCCUGUACACGAUUCCAACAGAUAUUUUCCGCACACUCGCCAUGCACCAGUCUUGAACAGCUGUCGAUUUCCGGAUCCGACAAUCUCGAGGGCCUGCCUGACGACAUUGGAGAUCUGCUGCCGAAUCUCCGUGAGCUGAGCAUCAGUUCCUGCAAAAAAAUCAGCCAGCUGCCCGAAGGAUUUGCCUCCCUCAGCCGUUUAGAGAUGCUGAAGAUUUCCAGAGCCGACCGGAAUUUCAGCCUGCCCGGAAACUUCGGCUUGCUGCCUGCCCUGAAAACAUUGGUGCUGGACUCGGUGCCUCUCUCACACCUUCCUGACUCAUUCUGCUUGCUCACGUCCCUGGAAAACCUUCUCGUUUAUGAGUCCAAGUCCUUUGGCAAGCUUCCAGUCGGCUUCUGCACCCUCACAGCUCUUAAAAAGCUGUGCUUAAUUGGUCUACACGACCUGAUGCUUCCUGACGACCUUGGGAUGCUGUCGAAUCUCCAGACUCUGCGGCUAAGCGGGGUUUACAACCGACACCAACGGCAACUUCCAUCGUCAAUCACCCAGCUGGCCUCUCUAACAAAGCUUGACAUCGACAGCUGUGCGGUCUAUGAGCUUCCCGAGGGCAUGGAGAAUCUAACCAGCCUGCAGAGGCUGCAACUGCAUAAGCUCUACAUUAAGGAGGUUCCCGAGGCCAUCACACACCUCACAAGGCUUGAAGUCCUCACAAUCUUCCACUGCAUGUAUCUGGAGACGAUCCCGAGGAGACUGGAUUUCCUAACCAGGCUCAGAACGCUCCAGCUGGACACCAUCGAACCCCUGAAUUAUUAUCCAGAAUCUUUACCGGCCUCUCUGGAGAUCCUUAGCUGGGGGGAUUUCAACCAGACAGUCCCUAUGCCGGACCUUUCCAGGCUGCCGAGUCUUACUGCUCUCAGCUUGAGAAUGGUUGCUGCCAAGCGGGGACUGGCAGUCAGCCGCAGCCUGUCCCAUCUCCAGCACCUGGAGCUCAUUCUGUCAAAGAAAGCCAAGAAGCUUCUUUUUGUGCUGAGGUCUCUGAACCACCUCCGCAGCUUGGAGAUUCACGGGGUUGGGAAGGUAAAGGAGCUCCCAGCUGAUUUUGGGUCAGCUAUGCCGCUGCUGCAGAAGCUGCGGAUACAGGAUGCACAGGAAUUGGAGCACCUGCCUGGAGAUUGUCGAAGCAGCCAAGCUGACCUCUCUCCCCGAUGCCUUAGGUGCCUUAUCCCGGCUCCAGAAGUUAAAAGUUGCCCUCUGUCCUGCUCUGGAGCGUCUGCCCGCUUCUCUCACGAAGCUCACCUGCCUGUACUGCCUGGAACUCCCCAGCAACGCAAUCCGCUCCCUUCCCCCUGGACUCAUGAGCCUGACCAGACUCAGGAGCUUGUUGCUGUCUAGCUGCAGGCAGCUGCAGGUUCGGCCAGAGGAAUUUUCGGGCAUGCCAAUACUGAGGGUCCUGUGCCUCACGGAGUGUCGGCAGGUUGAUAGAGGCCGCUUUGCGGAGCCCGGUGGUAUCAGUGCGACGUAUGGGUUGAGCAUUUCGACUUGGUGGAUCUAGUGAGGGUUCUCAUGGACAUGGGGUGGGGUGUCGGCCGGUUGGUAGGCGUGAACUUUCAGCCCGCUUUGCAGUGCAGAGCUCAUGGUAUCAGGUCUGUGUGUGAAGGUACAUU